AUGCCGAACGAAAUGAUCGAGUUUUUCCUGGCGUUGAACAGCGGCCCGGACAUUAUGUCAACCUUCACGAAAAACGCCAUCGAGAACAUCUUGUACGAAUGCUGGAACCAAUUGACCAUCAUCAGGCACGUCAACACCUUCAAUUUCGGGGAAUUCGACAACGACACCGUCCAGUAUCAAACCAUCGAGGAAAGGAUAACGAAAUCGGAGAACUACGAAGACAUGAAGAUACCGGCGAUCGGCAUCAACCAGGACAAGCUGGCCACCGACAUCACCAAUCUGAUCAACGUCUGCAAGAAGACGUCGCACGAGAUCGCCCAGAGCGGCACCUACAAGAUCCUCAAGGACUCCAUCAAGCACUUGAGACGGAUGAAGCGCGACGUCGACGAGCUCUACAAGCAGAAGGACGACAACGUCAAAUUGAUCAAGACGCUCAAAAGUCAAAUCGAAGAGGAGCGGAACGCUUCGUUGAAGUUGAUCGAGGAGAUCGACGACGAUAUCCAGCAGAUUCGGUUCGAGGUCGAGGAUAUUACUGUGUACGGCAAAACGGAGAGGAAGUUCCUGUUCCACUACGAGGAGACCAGGAGGCGCCAGAACCUGCUCAAGUGCAAAAUCGCCGAGAACCGAUCGUUGGACGUGAUCGAAAAGAACAAGGAGAAGAUCGAGCUCGAGCAGAAGUGCCACAAGUUGUUUUUGGACUACAUAAUGGAGGACCAAGAGGACCUGCUCAAGGCCACCGAUUACUGGAUGAACACCUACGAGACGGAGGUGGAGCGCAAGGAGAACGAGCUGAUGAAGAUGAAGGGCGAGUUGGACUGUACGCAGGACGAGUUGGACAAGGCGACGCAGAUGUACGACAGGCGACAGGCCGAGAUCGACAGGUGGGAGGACUACAAGAGGAUCAAGAGGGAGAAGGAGGAGCGGAUCAAGUUGGAGAUUUGGGCUAUCACUAGGAUUCAGGCCUGGUGGAGGGGCACAAUGGUGAGAAAGGACAUCCCGCCUGGAGGUAAACCCGAAACGACGAAGAGCAUCAAAAGCAGAAAAUCCAAAGCGAGUGCGAAAGGAAAGAAAGGCAAGAAAGGCAAGAAGAAAGGAUAA